AUGCCUACCCCCUCGAGGCAGUGGAUCAAGAAGAAGCAGGCCCGGUCGAACGUGCGCAAGUCACUUCUCGUUGAGAGUAUCGCCAAGGACCCCACCCUCAUGCCGGAAGACAAUCACACCGGCUUCACCACUAUCGAAUACUCCCCCGAGCCCAGCCCCGAGCCUGCCAGCCCUGCGCCUGCGGCAAUGGGCCAGUCCAUGAUCUCGAUUGUGGAGGAGCUCAUCGCCUCUGCCGUCAGGCCCAUGGAACAACGCUUCGUGAACGCCGAGGGCAAGAUCAGUCGUCGCGUCGACCGCAUCGAGCGCAUCGAGCGCAUCGAGGCCCGCGACUCGCACGUUGCCGAGGCCGCCAUCAAGCCCGUUGUCGAUCGUCUCACGGCACUCGAGACCCGCUCCCUUCAGCUCACGCCCGCCCUCGUUGACGUCAUCAACAACGCGGUUGCCGCUCGCACCGCGUCCCUCGUCGACCGCAUCGAGGGUUACGAGGCCCGCGACGCGCACGUUGCCGAGGCCGCCAUCAAGCCCCUUCUCGAUCGUCUCACGGCACUCGAGACCAAGUCUACCAACGGUAUCACCAACAACGUUAAUUUCAUUGCGUCGCCUAGCAUGGGUCAGCACACUGCCUCCACUGCCGCCCUCACCCGUAGUUUGUGA